AUGCCUUCUAUUUACAACACCUUAGCCUUUAGCAAUAGUUUCGCGAGCACUUCUUAAGAAUAGCUACAACGAAUUAUUUGGAGUUUCGAAGCCAUGAAGCCUAUUGUGGUCGCAGAUGAAAUGUUUCCUGAAGGGCCAGGGCCUUUCAUGGACUUAGAAGAGGCAGGAGGAUCUUCAGGGUUGUUGAUGGACUUAGCCGCGAACGAAAAGGAUGUACAUUCAGACUUCUACAAUGAUUUCGAAGAUCUGUUUGAUGAAGAUGAGGAGGCACAGAUGUAGAAAUGUUUUAUACGUAGUAAGAAAUGGUAUUACCUUAGAAGUCUUUGAAUCUGUUAAAAUAUAAUGGAUUAAUUAGA